AGGGGCUAAAUAUCACGUUAUUAUUGGGGUCGAUUCGACCCGCGGCAACAGUGUUAAAAGUAUCCCACUCCGGGGAAAACCGCGGACCUGGCAACACUCUGGGUUUCCGUUUAAUCAUUUGACUUUUCUGAGUCAUCGCCUGUAAUGAUGACGUCAGUUUGUAUCCGCCCACCGCGCGUUUAAAAAUACUGUAGAAACACUGAAGUUCGAUCAGCUUCGGAAUAGCAGGACACUGAACACGGAGUCAUGGAUAAGCAGCACAGUAACGGUGAUGUCCGGACGUCUGCGGAAGACAGUCUGGAGUUCAAACUCCUCAUGGCAUACACUCGUAAGAGACGACGCGCUGACACCCUCCUGCCGCAGGACGUCCCGUCUUCACCACAGCCGGCUGAAGAUCACCGCAAACCAAAGAAGAAUAAAAGAAACAAGAAACUGUCUUUCCUCUUAAAGUGUAUUAAACCACAGACAGAUGAACCAGCAGGCUUACAGCAGCCAGCAACUUUAUGUUCAGAUGAUGGGAAAGUGGAUGAGAUGGAGAACAUGGUCAGUGAACUGACAGAGAUAUCAGACUCCGUGCACUUCACUCCAUCUGAUUUAGAACCAGACUCUGAUGCAGAUGUUGUGGAAAAGCUGGUGGAGCUCCUCAGAGAACAUGGCGAUAAACUGGACAGAAAGAUUAAGGAAGACAAGGUGUUACAAGAGAAGUUGCAGUCCUCUCUCACAUAUGGCUUCUUCAAGAAAGUGAUGGACGCUUUCUGUGGAAGUGUUUCUCCAGAUGUGCCUCCAGAGCAGAAUGACAAGAAAGUCAAUGUGGCUCUGGUCUGUGAAGCCACCAGUCAGCUUGUUGGCGUCCACUACCAUCCGAUGACCUACGUGCUGGGCUUAGGUGCCCAGUAUCUACAGGAAAAAUACUCCACGUGGAUUAACAAAAACAUGCAUGCAGGCAAUGGAGAAGUUGGUGACGAAUCCAAAGAGGAAGUCCAGUGAGCAGAAGAGAUGCUCUCCACACAUUACAACAUUUUCUCAGGGACACAGGCACUUUAUUAACCUGAAAAAGAGAUUUUUUUUUUUCAGUGAACCAGCAGGGAUAGCUUGUUUUUGUCCCCCGCUACAUCCUCAUAACAUCCAAGAGAGAAAAAGAGGUAGUCAUAGUGCCAAGCGUAUGUACACCAUACCUCACUGAAAGUGCCACAGUUACUGCCUCAAACCAUUACACCAAAGGUACCAGCAAAAACCAGCAUUAUACGUAUUGUUAGGGCUGCACGAUUAUGACAAAAAUCAUAAUUGUCGAUUAUUCCCUUGAAAUUGUAAUUGCGAUUAUUAAUUACGAUAAUCACAAUUUACAUUGAUUGAUGUUUAUACCAUUGUUUGAUGCA